CAGUCUUUCUACAUCAAUCAGAGACCAACGACGCAACAAAAUCAAACUAUAGGGAUGAUCCGAGUUUUUAAAAAAAUAAGUUUUGGACCAAACACACAAAUUACCCUAAACAAUAGGGACCAUGCGUGUAAUCUACUCUAAAAUAAAUUAAAAAGCCAAAACUAGUAACUUGAUUAUUAUUUGAGUUUAGUUUUAUAAAAAAAAUUGUAUCAUGUUAAUAUCGUAGAAGUUGUCUUUUUGACAAAGUAAUUUUAUAUAUUAUUAUUAUGUUUCUUAAUAUAAUAUAAGAACACAAAAUAUAGUAUAGAGAUGAAAAAAUAAAGAAACAUAUUGAAACUUUAAUGAAAGUGAGAGGGGAAGAACUACAAAUUCAUACUAGACCUAGUUUUGAUUGACACGUUUGUAUUGUUCAUUUCGAAUCUCUUUCGUUACCCUUUCGAGAAAGCAUUACGAAUAUUUUCGUCCAAAUAACACAACCUUUUCUUCUAACCACACACGUAAUUUCCAUAAAAAGAACUAAAGCCACGUGGCCAGGCACCCAUCCAUGUACUACCAUCACUCUCACACCCUCGGCCACUCACUGUAACCACCAUAACCACCAUAACCGCCACCUAUUCCAUUUCUCCUCCUCUCGUUUUCUUCGCUAUUACAAAUUAAACACCACCAUUCCCCUCCACCAUCCCCGGUGGAGACGCUCUGCACUGCAUUUUCCAUUUUUAUUUCAUUUCCCUUAAAACAUUAUGACCAACCAUAACAACAACCACAACCCUAGCAACAAUAAAAUCAUCCACCACCGCCUCCUCCCCUCACCCACCACAACCACCAUCACCACCACCCGUUCUAACUCCACCAUCCAAGCCUGCGCCGCCUGCCGUUACCAACGCCGGAAAUGUGCCCCUGACUGCAUUCUCGCUCCUUACUUCCCCCACGAUCGGCAACGUCAGUUCCAAAACGCUCAUAAACUCUUCGGUGUAAGCAACAUCACGAAGAUUAUUCGUCACCUGGAUCAACCACAGAAAGACGAAGCCAUGCGCACAAUUAUCUACCAAUCCGACGUUCGUGCUCAAGACCCUGUGGGUGGAUGCUACCGAAUCAUCCGGGAACUCCAUCGUCAAAUCGAAAUCUCACGAACCGAGCUUGAAAUCGUUCUUCAACAGCUCGCAUAUUUCCGGACACUUGCUGUGCAGAAUCAGACACAAACCCAACCACAAUUUAAUCAUGAUCAGAUCCUUAUUGAUGAGGUCGAUUGCGAUAUUCAUCUCGUUAACAAUCCAGACGUCGACGCACAUUUGUGCGAUGAUUCUCAUUCUUCCGUCGAUCGUCUUCAUCGUCGAAAUAGUUUAGAUCUUGACCUAGAUAACAUACCUUUACAACAACAUGAACAAAAAGAUCACGAUCAAUAUGUUUCAGGGAAACAGGAUGCUACUGGUUGGGGAGAUGAUAAUGUGGUGGUGCCAGUCCAAUCAUGGGCCGUCGUACAUGAUUCGCCGCCGUCGUCUGGCAAUUGCUUUGAUGUCAAGCCUCAACCGUUUCAGACCUUACAUGCUUCAGUAUGUGAUGAUUUCAAGUCGCUUCUGCUCAAUGAUAUACCACAUGAAGAAAAAUUCCAAUUCAAAGAGACAAACGAACCAAGUGAUGAGAGUUUAUUCAACGAAGAAAAUCACAAAGCUUUAAUUAAAGAAGAGAAUGUUUCCUAUCAAUACCACAAUGAAGAUCAUGAGGCUACACUCAAAGAUUGUAAAGCUACUCAAAUUGAGGGAGAAUAAAUUUAGAUAAAAUUAGGACCAUUUGAGAAUCAAUUCUUUAAUUUUUGUACCCGUGCGAUGCAAUGGCGAUGAUUACGAGGGGAUGAAUAGUUUUUUCAACGAUUAUUUUCUCUUUGGUGGUUGCUAGUCUUUUAAAUAAUUUCUUUUAGGAAGCAUGGUAUGUUAAAAUAUGCAAUGUAUCGACAAAUACCACUUACCAUUAAUCUACAUGUAUAAAUUAUUAUAACAGGUGACCAUGAA